GAAGCCGACCCAGCCCUCCCCAGAGAGACGCUCCACGAGGGUGGAGGUGCAAGGAGGCCGCCCACAAUUCGCUGUAACGUGAGCCAGGCUCCUGCGGAAGGGCGGUCGGGGCUGAUCAAAGGGCUGGCUCCGCGAGUCGGGGGAGACCUUGAGAGCUUCGCCCUCCUCAGGCUGAGGCCGGCGGAAGUCCCGGAGGAGGUGUAAUUUGAGCUGAACUUCCAAGGUUACCCAGAGACGCCAGAAGACUUGAUGAAAGAACUCGAGAGUCUGAGGGAAGGGCGUUCUAGAACGGCCCACCUCUGGAAAGAAGGCAGAGAGGCGCGGGUUCUGGGGCGGUGGCCAGAAGUAGAUUCGGAAAUCCUCGGCCGAGCCUCCGAAUUGGCAAUCCCCCCAACUCCGGCUUUGGCCUCCAGCCCGGGGCCAUCCGGAAAGAACCGAGCGGAUCCGGAAACAGCCGAGAGGACCCGGAAGCGCUGAGCGCCGUCACCGGCGACUGCGGGGACGGGCCGUUUGCGCGGAGGCGAUGGCAGCAGCUGCGCAGGAGGCCGCGGGCGAGAAUGGCUGGCGACGGCGGACGGGGACCGCACUGCACCCCCAGUCCCGGGAGGGUCCAAAGGUUGAGGCCGAGUCAGAGGAGCUCGGCCGGCUUCGAGCUGAGCUGGCAGGCGCCCUGGCAGAAAUGGAGACCAUGAGGGCUGUGGCGGAGGUGAGCGAGAGCACCAAGGCCGAGGCUGUGGCCGCAGUGCAGCGGCAAUGCCAAGAGGAGGUAGCUUCGCUGCAGGCCAUCCUGAAAGACUCCAUCAGCAGCUAUGAGGCCCAGAUCACUUCCCUGAAGCAGGAGCGACAGCAGGACUGCGAGGAGAAGGAGCGGGAGCUGGGGCGCCUGAAGCAGCUGCUGUCCCGGGCUCACCCCCUGGACUCCUUGGAGAAGCAGAUGGAAAAGGCCCAUGAGGACUCGGAGAAGCUGCGGGAGAUCGUGCUGCCCAUGGAGCAGGAGAUUGAGGAUCUAAAAGCGAAACUGCUGAGGGCCGAGGAGCUGAUUCAGGAGAUCCAAAGAUGUCCCCGGCAUCCCCCUUACCUGCAUGGCUCCACAGAGUUGCUGCCCCUGUCCCGGGAUCCAUCUCCCCUACUGGAGCCCCUAGAGGAGCUGAGUGGAGAUGGGGGUGUGGCGGCCGAGGCCUUCGCCCACAACUGUGAUGACAGCGCCUCCAUCUCCUCCUUCUCCCUUGGUGGUGGGGCCAGCAGCAGUGCCUCCCUGCCCCAUGGCCGCCAGGGCCUGAGCCCUGAGCAGGAAGAGACAGCCUCUCUGGUGUCCACGGGCACCCUGGUCCCUGAGGGCAUCUACCUGCCCCCUCCUGGCUACCAGCUUGUGCCUGACAACCAGUGGGAGCAGCUGCAGACAGAGGGACGGCAGCUGCAGAAAGACCUGGAGAGUAUCAGCCGUGAGCGGGACAAGCUGCAAGAAGGCCUGAGACGCAGCAAUGAGGACUGCACCAAGCAGAUGCAGGUGCUCCUGGCCCAGGUCCAGAACUCCGAGCAGCUGCUGCGGACCCUGCAGGGGACUGUGAGCCAGGCCCAGGAGCGGGUUCAGCUGCAGAUGGCAGAGCUGGCCACCUCUCACAAGUGCCUGAGCCAUGAGGUGAAGCGGCUGACUAUGGAAAACCAAGGGCUCCGGGCCGAGCAGCCACCAACUUCAGGCCUCCAGGGCCUGGAGCCCGACGAGUGCCAGGAGGAGCCACUGCCCAGCUUGGUACCGGAGCUGCAGCAACUGGUACAGCGCACACGGCAGGAGGCACGGGCCCAUCAGCAGGCCCGGGAGCACGAGGCUGAGCGCCUGCGUAUUGAGAUUGUAACCCUGCGGGAGGCAUUAGACAAGGCAGCAGCAGCCAGGGCCAGUCUGGAGGGGCAGCUGAGGGUGCAGCGGGAAGAGACAGAGGUGUUAGAGGGUGAGUAUAUGCUGGAGCCCUCCCCAGGCAGGGUGGGAAAGGAGAGAGGGUGUGGGCCUGACAUCUGGCUCCUGCCUGACAUUCCAGCCUCCCUAUGUAGCCUGAAGACAGAGAUGGAGAGGAUCCAGCAGGAGCAGAACAAGGCCAGGCGGCAGGAAGCCCUGAGGCAGCCACCAGGCUCAGGCCACACAGAGGAGGCCCAGGUCACAGACCUCCUCUCAGAGCAGAGGGCCAAGGUGCUGCGGCUGCAGGCUGAGCUGGAGACCAGUGAACAGGUGCAGAGGGAUUUUGUACGACUGUCCCAGGCCCUGCAGGUGCGCCUGGAACGGAUUCGCCAGGCAGAGAGUCUGGAGCAAGUGCGCAGCAUCGUGGACGAGGCACCCCUCAGGGAUGUCAGGGACAUCAAGGACACCUGAGGGGCCCAAACCCACCACCCCAGGGUUGACCGCCUUUCUCUGCUCCCAAACCAUGAGGCCUGGGCCUUGGGGUCUCAGGAUGUAGUCUUCACCCUCUCCAAGCCUGGGGUUGAGGUGAUGGGGCCACCACUGCCCUGUCCCUCCAGUGCCUCCUCCCAGGGGUGGCUGGGACUUCUCUCAAAGACAGCUGGGUAAGGGUCCCUACCCCUCAAGGAACAAAGGUGCAGGCUCAGAUCUGCAGCUUUCUGGAAGCCAUGCUGCCUCCUGGGUCCUAAUCCUCUGUCCCCACACUCCCAGCCAGACUAACAGCCAUGCCUGUGACAGCCCAUCUCCAUCCCUGAGGCACAGCCAAGCUGUGAGGAGCGGCUCGGAGCCUCCAGCCCAUGUCAGCAGGUCCCUCCACACGUAUAUCCCAAAACAGGCAGCUACUUUCUGGAUUGCAUGACACUAAGAUGCUUGUCCCCAGAGGCUGACCCAGGCCCUAGGAUGAGCAUGAAGGCAAGGCCAGACUUUUCUGUCAUUUAUUUUCAAUAAAUAAGCAGCGCAGCUCAA